AUGCAGACAAAUAAACCCAAAGCGUCCACCAAGAAGCCAAGGGCGCCAAAGACGCCAAAGGUCAAAUACAGAAGGAUGACAAUCACGAAAAAUCGUGCAUGCACAAGAGACGUGUACCGAGACUUAUACCAUCACCCUGAGGACCUUCCCACCAUCGGCCACUUUAAUGUGAACGAACUAGACGCUGAAUAUCUCCGGAAACUGUUAUCCCUCAACAUGCCAAACCUCGAAGGCAUCAAUUUCAGAUUCCGGGAAAGCGCGCUUUCAAGGUUGGAUGAGGGACGCAAGAGAGAAUUGAACAGUCGCAUGGUUGCCAAACCAAAUUUGAAGACGUUCAAUUUCAUACAGGAUAACCCUCGCGAAACGUACACCAUGACGUUGCAAGAUAUUCCACUGCUUUCCCAUCCAAGCCUCACAACUCUGAAGCUGCAGAAAGUUAACAUUGGAGCCUUAGGACGGCCGUCUGUCCGGGCUCUGCCAUUUGAGAACCUUGAAUCCUUUUACAUCCAUGCCCACGACUAA